AUGUCAGGCCCUCUCCAGUUCUUAAACAACUCAAAUCAAGGAAGGCUUGCUGCUGGCCAAAGCAAAGGGCCCCACAAAGCAAAACCAUCAGAAGUCAGACAUCUGUCAGCUCACACAUCUCAGAAAAAUAGCCCAAAGGCUUGUUUUGAUCCACCUCUUGAAGUGGUUCCCAGCAGGAACACACUCGCAUACAACAGAAGGGCAACUGACCCAGUCUGUCCUGACCUUGCUGGCUUGUUGGUGAAAAACAAGAAUCUUUUAGCUGAGCUAAGAAAUCUUCAAAACAAACUUUUCAUAAAAGAAACUUCAUUGCAAGAAAUGAAGAGUGAGUUAGAAAGUUACAAAGAAAAUAAUGUGCAACAGUCAUUCCAGAUAAUGUCCCUGAAAGAUGAUAUCAAGAACCUAGAGGAACUUAUUGCUUCACUAACCAGAAUUAAAUCUUUGAAAAACACCAAUAUUCAGAGUCUUGAAAGAGGCAACUGGGAUCUAACUGAAAGAAUUACAGAACUAGAAAACCUUCUCAGAGAACAUCUGGUUGAAAGAAAAAAAGCAGAGCUAAAAGCAGACCUUUUGGAGAAAAAGUUAGCAGGGUCUAACAGAUUCACCCCUUAUAUGAGUAUGAAAGGUCAAGAAGAUUCCUUGGAUAGUUUCAUGAUGAAGGAUAAGGAUGAAGCUAUCCUGGCCAAGAACUUUGAGAAAGACACCAUUGUUCACUCUGAAGGACCAAAAGAUGGGCAGAAAAUUUGGGAUAAAUGUCAACAAGAUUUGAUCCAUAAGGAGAAAGAAGUACCUGAGUUAGAUGGACUUCCAUAUUCAUUCAGCUGGGAAACUAAAACUGCACGAUCCCACUAUCAGAAAUUUCUCAGUCAGUUGUCUGCUCUUACCAGCAACAGUGUUGAACCCAUACCAGCCAUGGAGGAAACUAUGGCAGAGAGCAUUCAGGAACCUGGUGCAAAUGAGCCAUUUUGGAUGUCUAGAACUGAAGGCCUCCAGCAGGAAAUUCAGAUGCUUACUAAGCGACUGGAGAAGCUGUAUCAUCACUGUGAGGAAACUGCUGGAAAAUUACCUGAAGCUGAUGAAAAUUAUAAGGAACAUAAAAGACCCUUGAAACGUCUGGAAGGAAAAAUUGCUAUUAAUGACCUUUUUCAAGGAAGGUUAGACUUGAACAUGAACAAAGAAAGCUCUGGGACUAAGAUUUCCCAGAUGGAUGAGCAUGGCAAGACAUUCAAGUGGCUAGAGAAAGACAACAAGCAAGAAAUAUUGAAUAUUCCGCAGAAUUUGCAGAUUGUUACAACUCAAAGAUUAGAGGAGAAAAUUCAGAAACUUCGGAAACAGCUCAGUGAUUUGAAAUUGUCAAAUAAAAAUAUGAAAAUUCAACUGACAAGAGUAAAUGUCCUUAAAGAUAAAACAAUUGAGAAGCUCAGGCAAUCUUUAUCAAAACUUGAAGCAAUGAAAGGGAAGAAAGUUGUGGAAACAGACUUGAAAAUUACAUUAGACUCUGCUGAGCAGGAGGCAAAACGGGACAGAGAGAGGGCCCAUCAGAUGUUGGAAACUGUCACUCCUGAGCUCUGCACAGCAAAGAGCACACCUGAAGAAGCAUCAGGACAACAAGAGCUUGUUAACUUUCGAGAAACUAUUAUGAAGAUGUUGGGAUUUAACAUGAAAACAGCAGACAAGAAAAUCAUUAAUCACCUAAAGUUUAUUAUACAAGUAUAUGAAGCAUCUGACAAAUCAAAGAUUGCUUCUGAGUGCUUAAUAGGCAGAGAUCAAGCCCCCUCCCCCCGUUUACCUAACUCAAGCCCUUCUCCUACCAGCGUCCCCUACCGCAAAAAAAGGGCCAUUAGGACCCGAGCUCCCUACUCUGAAUCCUCGCCUGUGGCCCAACACAUCCUAGCAACAAGAGCAGCUGCCUACACAGAGACCAUUUUUCUGUACGGCACUCCCACUCAAAAUUCCACUGUGAAUGUAGUUAACUGUAAAUGUCACACCUUCCAUGACCGCGCGUGGACCCACCCACCCUGCGCAAGUCCGUGCUCUUGCGCAUGCGCGCUGCUAACAAGCAGCGCGUGCGUAGCCCUGCGGGCCCCCAGGACGCUAAACUUGCACAAGGGAGGUGCUAGACUGGAGGUGCGUCAAACUGCCGUUCCUCUAUAG